CGCCCUCGAGAUCCCCGCGGCCCGAACCAGCAGCGGAGCCAGCCAGUGGCUCCCGUGGCGCCCUCCCGCCCAGGAUCGCUCCUCGCUGGGGCGGGACCUGGCCCGACAGCUCUGGUCACUAUGAGUGAAACAGCUUUCAACCUAAUAUCAGAAAAAUGUGACAUUCUAUCAAUUCUCCGGGAUCAUCCUGAAAACAGGAUUUACCAGAGGAAAAUCCAGGAGCUCAGCAAAAGGUUCACCGCGAUCCGCAAGACCAAGGGGGAUGGGAACUGCUUCUACCGGGCCCUGGGAUAUUCCUACCUGGAAUCUCUGCUGGGGAAGAGCAGAGAGAUCCUCAAGUUCAAAGAACAUGUGCUGCAGACCCCAAAUGACCUCCUGAGUGCUGGCUUUGAGGAGCACAAGUUCCGCAACUUCUUUAACGCUUUCUACAGUGUGGUGGAGCUGGUGGAGAAGGACGGCACAGUGUCCAGCCUGCUGAAGGUGUUCAACGACCAGAGCUCCUCCGACAGAAUCGUGCAGUUCUUGCGCCUGCUCACCUCAGCGUUCAUCAGGAACCGUGCAGACUUCUUCCGACACUUCAUCGAUGAGGAGAUGGACAUCAAAGACUUCUGCACUCAUGAAGUGGAGCCCAUGGCCAUGGAGUGUGACCACAUCCAGAUCACGGCCCUAUCUCAGGCACUGAACAUCGCCCUGCAGGUGGAGUACGUGGACGAGAUGGACACGGCCCUGAACCACCACGUGUUCCCCGAGGCUGCCAUCCCUUCCGUGUACCUGCUCUAUAAAACAUCCCACUACAACAUCCUUUAUGCAGCCGAUAAACGUGAUUAAUUUUAGGCCAUGAAGUGGAGCCUGUCACCUAACGGGACUGCAUUCUGAGUGGAACAUUACGGCUUUUCCAUUUUUUAAGCGAUUUAGACUGUAGUUAGAAAACAGAAAACACAGCCUUCUAGGCAAAGUCACUGGGAAUGAGGCCUACCAAUUAUGGACUGUGGUAACUUGGCAAUAUUUUAGUAUUUAUUUUCAUGGAGAAUCAAAUGCUUUUUAACUUGGAGCUAGGAAGCCAGCGCCUCUGGCUCCCCUCCCAGUUCCCUGAGACCUCGGGCAGGGCACCUCCCCCCUCUGGACCUGCUGCUUCCUCCGGAGGAGCUUCUGCCAGUGCUGACAUUCCACUGUGUACAAAAGCCAGGGCCCUCCGGUUUCUUCCGACCAUGGGCAGUGCCUCUGAGGGAGGAGAAGCUCAGGGCAUCUGACUUACCCGUUCUGUGAAAAAGAAUCCGGCCCAGUCAGCUGGACUGGACUUUGGCGGAUGGCUGAAUGAAGCGUUGGCCAGCUGAGGCCGACUUGAAUGUGAAGGCUUUGGUGUGCUUCUAGACAUCCAUGAUGCGAGUGUUUUCUUACCCUACCUUAAGAAGGAAAAGUCUAGAAAGGGGUCUUCAGCAUGAAGUUCAAGUUGUUGGGGCCCCUCUACCUCAGGGCCAGGACUGCCUGCCUGGCCCUUCAGGGUUCUGCCGCCAGCCCCACUUGGACAGUGGCUCGAGAAAAAUUUGGGUCUAGGACCUGGAAGCUGUCUGUUCAUCCCCGACGUAUCCUGGAAGUAGAAUCUAGACACCCAGCCAGGUGGAGACACGGCACAUGCGCCGCAGACUCUGGCUGAACAGAACAGACACGUUUUGCAAGGUUGUCUCCUGCCUUUUCUCCCCUUUCCCACCUCUGCUCCGGUUAUGGGCUGGUGAGGUUGGGUGGGAAAGAACGGGGCAAGCCGAAGAAACUGGCGGUGGGCAGACUUCUGUUACGGAAACUGCCUAGGAGUCAAGAGCCCUGGCUGGCAGCCUCCUCAUUCAUCUACCUGGACGUGCCCCUUAAUAACCUCACCUUGCUGCCUCGGGGCCUCCAAGAGCCCUGGCUGGUCUAGGGCGCCGCUAACAGUUCUCUCGCACUGCGGGAGGAAGUGGAGAAUGCAGGGGGUGUGGAACUGCCCCAGGGUUACUUCCUUAAUCAAAGGCCUUCUUCUCACAGGUUCCAUUCUGCAGGGAUUAACUAGACUCUGUUGGUGCUACAGUGCAAAUCUGCUGCCGGCCAGAUGAUGCGGCCAGAUGAUGCACAGGGACGGGGAGCAGACUGCUCCAAGUCCUGGUACACAAACAUCAGAGCUGGAUCUGGAUCUGUCUUUGCAAAGGCAGAUGUCAGGGUGCUCUAAUUCCAGGCGGGGACUCAGGUUCCCAUCCGCCACUGGCUAGAAUUUGAACCCAGGGGCUCAAGCUAAGUGAUUAUGUCAUUUCCAACAGGGAUAUAAAUCUGAGCCUGAUCUCUGAACUGGCUCAGUGUCUCAGAGUCUCACCCUGUUCUGCGUAGAGUGCUGGGCUCUGUGGCAGUACACUGGAGGGGUGAGGGCAGUGUUAUAUGGUUGAGUAUCAGCAUCCCCAUUUCCAAACUGAGGGUGUGAACACAUGGCUGCUCUGCCGGUGGAGAGACGGGCCCGAGCCCCUGGCCAGGCUCUAAGCACAGCAUGAGUAGCGCUGGCUGCCACAUCUCUGCAUUCGUGGCUUGUGUGGCAUUCACAAAAGCAGGUUUUCCUUUGGCAGACCAGCUGGAGCAAUGCUGAGACUUGCCUAGGAUGCGCGUCCAGGCCCGAGGGCCCUCCAGCGCUCCUGAGACCCUUCCCUGGAGAGAGCCUAUCACUUUAGAUCAGAAUGCCCGAGAGGCAGGCCACGUUAUUUUCUCUAAGGGAAAGCGCUGUGGAGAAAAAGGAGUGGCAGAAUUCAGUGGAACUUUAAGUACAGAUGCUACUUGCCUUAAGAUAGAAUUCUGUCCCAAUACACCCUUCAUGAGUUGAACAUAAAAAUUUUAAGUCGAAAAUGCAUUUAAUACACGUAGCCUGCUGGACGUCAGCGUUGGCCUAGCCUAACUUACAUUUACUCAGAACACUCAGUACAGUUGAGCAGUUAUUUUGAGUUUCAUCUCAAGAAUCGCCUUCCUCCUCUUCUCACCAGAAGCAGGAGGCAUAGAUGGGUAUUCUGUAGAGAUGAUGGGAUGAGAAAACAAAUGCAGUCAUCAAAAAGUGCUGGCGACAGUCCACUGCGGGCAUCGGUGGUCUGCCCUCGUGAACUCGUGGCUGACCUGGGGCCACCACCGCCGCUGCCCAGCAUCACUGGAGGAUCCCACCUCGCGCGGCUAGCCCAGGAAAAGAUCAAGACUCAAAAUGCAAAGUAUGGAAUGCAUUACCACUUCUGUGCUAUCGCGAAGUCAGAGUCGUAAGUCAGGGACAGUCUGUGAUUUGUUCAAAUCCAUCAGUCACCUGUGGAAGUUCCUUUGUCUGCAGCAGCCAGUCAUGCUAACAGUCACUCUUCUGGGUAAUUCUCCACCCCACCCCGUGAAGCGAUCUCUUUGUAGAACAAAAGCUGGAAGGAACGUUUGAGUUUUUUUAUAAUCACAUAUGUAUUACUUUCUUUCCAAAGGAAACUUUGGGAAGCUGUGGGAAUAGCAACAAGAACAAACUGUCCUUGCUUUUGACCUGGUUCCAGUUUC